AGCUCCAUAGACGGGCUGCAUGCUGCCUGGCUGUUGUCUGCACUGUGUGCUCUGCGCUGCUCCUGGACGGUCAGCAUGGCUCUCAACGUCCCGGGACUGAUAGCCACCAUCAUAUUCUACCUGCUGGUGCUGGGGAUCGGUAUCUGGGCUUCCAUCAAAUCCAAAAGGGAUGAAAACAGGACGCAGGCAGACCAUGCAGACAUGGCCCUGCUGGGGAACAGAAAAAUCAGCCUGGUAGUGGGCAUCUUCACUACGACCGCUACCUGGGUUGGCGGGACCUUCAUCAUCGGCACAGCGGAGACCGUGUACAACCCAAACCUGGGCCUGAUUUGGGCCGUGAUGCCGGUAGCUGCAACGGUGGCCUUCACUGCCGGCGGGCUCUUCUUCGCCGAGCCGAUGAGAGACAGGAAGUAUGUGACCAUGAUGGAUCCUUUCCAGAUCAAGUACGGAAACGGACUGAGUGGACUCCUGUCCGUCGCCCCGCUGAUGUCAGAAAUCAUUUGGGUGACUUCAACUCUCAUAAGUCUGGGUGUAACCAUGAGUGUGAUCCUGGACUUGUCCUACGCUGUGUGUAUCUGGAUCUCUGCUGCUGUGGCCAUCACCUACACUCUGCUGGGAGGCCUCUACUCUGUGGCCUACACAGACAUCAUACAGCUCUCUCUCAUUUUUAUCACCUCGUGGCUGUGCGUCCCUUUCGUCCUCAUGAACCCGGCGUCCGUCGACAUCACCACCACGUCCUUCAACCACACCUUCCAGGCUCCGUGGGUCGGCUCUCUGACCGCAGACAGAGCCUGGAGGUGGAUCGACAUCUUUUUACUCCUGAGUAUAGGAGACCUCGGCUUUCAGGACUUCCACCAGAGGACGCUGUCGGCCUCCUCCUCAGCCACGGCCAAGCUGCGAUGUUACGCUGCCGCAGUUCUCAUCCCCACGUUCGGAAUUCCUCCCGUGCUCAUCGGGGCAGCGGCGGCAUCGACAGACUGGAACGUGACCUCGUACGGAUCUCCGCCUCCGUUUGAACGAGGUCAGACAGGUCUGAUUUUACCCCUCUCCCUGCAACACCUGACCCCACCCUACAUCUCCAUCGUCGGCAUCGGAGCUGUGGCCGCCGCCGUGAUGUCAUCAACUGACUCUGCCCUGCUGUCUGCGGCCUCCAUCUUCUCCUCGAAUAUCUACAAGAAGAACCUGAGGACCCAGGCGUCAGAGAACGAGAUCCGGUGGGUGAUCCGAAUCGCUGUGGUUGCGUUCGGCCUGGCGGGUACGUCGCUCACCUUCCUGCACACCGGUGUUAUGGCGUUCUGGGUCCUGGGUGGAGAAAUCGCCUACAUUAUGAUGUUCCCGCAGCUGGUCUGUGUGCUCUUCUUCAACGUCUCCAAUGGUUACGGUGCCACUGUGGGAUUCCUGGCCGGGUUUCUCUUAAGACUUCUGUGCGGCGAGCCGUUGCUAGGGCUACCGCCUGUCAUCCACUUCCCAGGAUGCACCCUUGAAGACGGUGUUUACGUUCAGUAUUCCCCCAUCAGGACCAUCUGUAUGCUGGCGGCGUUUGCCACCAUUUUGCUGGUCUCCUACCUGGCUUCUCUGCUCUUCAACAAAGGACUGAUACCCGAGCAGUGGGAUGCGUUUAAAGUCAUUGCCCGACCACAGACUCAGGUACCAACAGGUGGCGCCAGCAGCAAUGAAAACAACUUACAACCUCUGUGUGAGAACGGAGCCGCCUCAGAACCGAUGGUGGAAUCAACGUGUUGAAAAACACUAACUUAACACUAACAACAUGCACCUCAAUAAAACUAUAUCAUGAACAGAUUAUAAAAUAUGAUGGAUUGCGAUUGGAUAAAUCACACUAUGAACAAAGUUGGUUUUCUUUGGGAUCAAACAGUCCAGAUCUCCUCAUGUUUA